AGUUCCGCGUCGAGAGUUGCUUCCUUCUUGACUAUCACGGUGCUUGGAGUCCUCGGUGUUCUUCUGACGACUCGACCGCUGUUGCCGACUGAGAUUCUCCUCUGGGAUAUCUGGAGAGGAGCACCGAUCCACAGAACCGUCAAAAUGACUGACACAGGAUACUCCAGUGAAGAUGAGAAAAGGAUAAUACAGAACUCCUACAUACGCAAAGUCAGGGGUUCCGAUCCGCGAGCAGCCACCUGUCGCGGGAAGAUGCAGUUCCGAAGAUCCAAACUCAACAAUGAGAUCACGAAGCAGAUUCACAUUCGUGACGGCGCUGAAAAACUCUACAAAGCCACAAACAACAAAAAACUCAAGGAAACAGUCGCCUUAGAGCUGAGUUUCCUCAACUCGAAUCUCCAGCUGCUCAAAGAACAACUCGCCGAACUCAACAGUUCCGUUCAAAUGUACCAAAACGAAAAUCAAUCGCAGAUUGUUCCGAUGAUCCCUCUCGGCCUCAAGGAGACGAAGGACAUCGAAUUCGUCAACGCGUUCACCGAGUUCAUCGCUGAUCACUACGGCGAAGACCCUGAGCCCUACCAGAAGGCGAUCCGAGAAUUCCAAGCCGUUCGCCAAGCUGCGCGCACUCCAAGUCGAGAUCAAGCCGGAGUUCAACUGUUGUUCGAAUACUACAACUUGCUGUACUUCGUGGACCGCCGUUUCUUCCAUCCGAAGUCUUCGGCGAUCCAUUUCGAAUGGUUCGAUUCACUAACCGGGGUACCCUCGACACAGAAGACGGUCGCCUUCGAGAAGGCCUCCGUACUCUUCAACAUCUCCGCUCUAUACACUCAGAUCGGAGCCCGACAAGAUCGGAGGAAUCACGCAGGAAUCGACGCGGCCGUCGAUUCUUUCCUCAGAGCCGCGGGCAUGUUCUGCUACAUCAGGGACAACUUCAGCAAACCGCCAUCGAUGGACUUGAAUCUCACGACGCUCGAAUGUCUCUCGAAUAUCAUGCUGGCCCAGGCGCGAGAAUGUCUCUUCGAGAAAUUGGUGCUGUGUGAGCCCAAAGGAUUACUCCAUUUCAUCGAGAUCGGCCAGGAAGCGGCUGAAGUGGCCGAGGUUUAUUCGCAUGUGCACAAACUCAUCGCCGAGCCUCCCGUCAAAGACUACCUGCCAUUCUCCUGGAUCAGCCUACUGUCAGUCAAAGCAGAACACUACAGAGCCGUAGCCCAUUACUACGUGGCUUGCGGACUUCUCGACCACAAGGGUGAACUCAACGAUGUCCACAAACGAACUCUCGAAUAUCUGCACGUACAGGAUCAGGACACGGUGUGCAUCGACAUCCGGGUGCCGCGUACGGCCGACGAGAGGAUUCAACUCGGCAAGGCCCACUUGCACGAAUCGCUGCUUCUGCACGAGGAAGCUCUGCGACUUCAUCGCAUGUGCCGCCAACUCCGCCACGUCGACAACCUCCAGUCGAAACUGAGGUCGGACCAUGACGUGGCCAUAGACAAGUACGCUCAAAUAGAACAAGAGGACGAUUUCAACCAGGUUCUGGACCCGCCCCAACUGCAACCGUCAACGAAAUACCAGCUCACCCUGACUCCGCCGGACUUUUCGGCCUACAAGAUGAAAGAUCCUUUCCGUGACUUGGGUCCAAUCAGCGUUUUCAGCGCGCGUCAGCAGUGGACCUCGAUGCGGAAAGCGCAUAUGAAACGAGAGAAGAACGAGACGUUCGGUUUCAGCGUCAAAGGGGAUUCUCCGACCGUCGUAGCUGGAGUCGAACCCUGCUCGUUGGCCGAGUUGUCUGGCGUGAAAGAAGGCGAUCUGAUCGUUGGAAUCGAUGACCUCGACACGAAAUGGUCGACGCAUGAAGAAGUUGUAGAAAUCGUCCGAAACGCUGGCGAUGAAAUCACUCUGAAUAUCGUCACGCCGAUCGUGUGCGAACAUCAGAGAUCGUUACUGGAAGGUUCCUUGACGUCGCCCCGACGGAGCACUUCGCAGAGUCCGACAGCCUCGGUAUCGUCGGGCGUUUCAUCCACCGGUUCCUCGAGUAGAUUGCAGUCUCCAAACGGCUCGAUUAUGAGCAGCAAGGGCCAUCGAAAGUCCUCGUCGUGGAAUAUUUUCAAGAGAAAAGGCUCUACUCGAAGCUCUUCUCCUUCGAAAGACGACUCACUCAUCAUCAUUCCGUCGUGAUCGUCCCGGAAACUCAGCGAGAAAGCGGACGAGAAAGAGCUCUUGUAAAUAGUCCAAGUGUCAAACGAGUUCAGAUGGUAAGAGGGCCUGCAGAAGUCGGCCGCUUGUGCAAUGUACAUAAAACCGAAACGGAGAAACGGCAGCGUAGAUAUUUAUAUCAAAACCAUGGGAUUUACUAUUAUAUGCGUCGACCCUAUAACCUCAGUCUUCAGCUAGCUAGAUCCCUCAUCCCAUGGUAGUUCGCAGACUGGAACCAAUAAACCUGUGUAGAAACUGA